CUAACUUCUGUUUACACAAAAAACUAUUCGUCAUCUGUUUUGUUAUUUUGGCAAGCAAAGCAAUUGUGUUCCGAUUUUUUUUCCGAUCAAUUUUAAUGCAUUUACAAUUCCAUAUGUAAAUGCCAUAUAAAUAAAAAGAAAACGAUAAAACAAAUAUGAAAAGCGGAUCAUUUCGUAGUACACAGUGGGAUCCUUUCUUGCUGAUAACACAAAUUAUCUCAGUGCAAUGCUGUGUUUAUUUCUCGCUAGGGUUAUUGGUGUUCAUAGCCAAUCUGCUGGCAGGAGAAAAUUAUCGACUGGACAAUAUUUUCGAGUAUCAUGAAAUACAUGUUUCAGAUUUGGGCGGCCGUCUAAUUAUAUGCGCCUUCGUUACGAAUGCCUUCGUUGGUUCACUGGCGCUGUGGUGCAUAGUGCGAAGAGCUAAAUUGUGCUUGGACUUUAGCUGCACAUUUCAUCUGUUCCAUUUACUGAUAUGCUGGUGGUAUAACAGUGCUUUUCCUUCGAAUAUUUCAUGGUGGCUCUUGAAUGCCACUACAGCCACAAUUAUGUGCAUUGGUGGUGAAUUUUUAUGUUUAAAGUCUGAACUCAAAGAGAUUCCAGUAGGUUAUUCAGCUUUAAAUCAAAAAUGCGAUGUGUGAAAGUUUUUGCGAAUUGAUGACUACGCUAAUUGUAUUUUUGUUAGUAAUUUAAUUUAUGUACUUUAAGUUAAUUAAAAAAAAGAAGAAAAAAAAUAUAUAUAUUUUUGUGUAUUUAAAUGAAUGUGAGUACUGUGUUACAUAUCACAUCGUGUGAUAAAUAGACGACAUUUUAGUAUGAGACCAAUUAUUUGACCGAAAAUAAAUGUAAAUUUCUUGACACUUGUACGCCCACAUCUAAGGAGGAAGUACAAAAUAUACAUUUGACAAUGAA